CCAGGCGGCACCGGAAACCUGGCUUUCCCGGGAGCAGCUAUGAGCAAGCGGAACCAGGUUUCGUACGUGCGGCCAGCCGAGCCGGCGUUCCUGGCUCGCUUCAAGGAGCAGGUCGGCUACAGGGAAGGGCCUACCGUGGAAACCAAGAGAAUCCAGCCUCAGCUCCCAGAUGAAGAUGGUGAUCACAGUGACAAAGAAGAUGAACAGCCCCAAGUGGUGGUUUUAAAAAAGGGAGACCUGUCAGUUGAAGAAGUCAUGAAAAUUAAAGCAGAAAUAAAGGCUGCCAAAGCAGAUGAAGAACCGGCUAUAGUUGAUGGAAGAAUCAUGUAUCGAAAACCAGUCAAACGUUCCUCGGAUGAAAAAUAUUCAGGUUUAACAGCAAGCUCAAAAAAGAGGAAGGCAAAUGAAGGUGAAAUAAAUAAGCAGGACUCAGUUAAAAAGAACUCACAAAAGCAAAUCAAAAACAGUUGCCUCCUUUCUUUUGACAAUGAAGAUGAAACUGACAGAAGCCCACUUUGGAGGAAGAUGAUAAUGUGCCUAUUUAAGAAUACUUCCCCAGCUCCUGCUAAAGGUAGCCAUAUAACAGCUCUGGCAAUUUUAGAGAUAAAAGUGGAUCUUGUACAAGUGAGCUUCUAAAAGAAGGGAUCUUGAUAGAAGAGAGGAUCUAAUGUAUAACAUGGAGACUGUAGUUAAUAACACUAUAAAAGAGAGAGAGACAAAUAGAAGUCUGCUUAAUAAAGCUACAAUAAAGGUGUUUGAUACAAGAAAGCAGAUCUGGCAAGCACAAACCUUUGUCCUUCUCGCUACAUCCUGCUACAUCCAGGAGCACAUACAUGAAACCUAGGAGUAUUGGAGCCAUUUUUUGGCCUAAGGGAGGCAGAUCCUUUCUCUGGGUGGUACAGUGGAAAGAUUCAAGGCACUUGGAUCCUGAUAGCAUGCCUCGAGGAGCUGCUGCACCAGCCAUGGACUGCCAACCUCUGGACUUCUUGUUACAUGAGAAGAAUAAACCGAAAGUCGUUGGUCAGUAGUACCACUUGCUGACACCUGAGAAUUCAAUGUCUCCUGCCCUCCUUCUCCCUUAAGAGGCCCCCUUUCGUGUUGUGCUCUAGAAUUUGUCAACCUUAAAAAUAAAAGACAAUUAUUUUA